CCAGUGGCUAGACGGUUGGCCACAAAGAUUCUCCAGACCAGAAAUUCCAUUUGAUUUCUUCUGCGCCUUUAGAUUUUCCAUUCUUCAAUGGCUUCUUCUGUUAUGAACCUGCACGCGCCAUUUUCGCGCUAUACGUCGUCGUUUCUACCUCCUUCUCCCUUCAUAGUUUCCGCCAGAGUUUUCCCGGGAAACUACAAUCUCCGAAAUAGCAAGAAAAAUUCCGGAAUUUGCAGAGCCAUGGUUCAGCAGACAGUGCAAGGCGGAGCUUCUGCUUCUUUCGCUAAAGAGAUGGAAAGGCUUUCUGCUAAGGAGUCUUUGCUUCUCGCUUUCAAAGAUGCUGGAGGAUUCGAGGCAUUAGUAACAGGGAAAGUUACGGAUAUGCAGCUUAUUGAUGUGAAUGAGAGGAUAAUUGGCCUCGAGCGGCUCAAUCCAACACCUCGCCCAACAACGUCUCCGUAUUUGGAAGGGCGGUGGAACUUUGAGUGGUUUGGAUCCGGAAGCCUGGGAUUCGUUGCAGCUAAAUUUGUGUUUGAGAGGUUUCCUUCAUCAUUGGCAAAUUUAUCAAAGUUGGAUGUGUUGAUCAAAGAUGGCUAUGCAAAUGUCACUGCUUACUUGAAAUAUCUAAACUCGAUUGAGAGCAAUUUUAUACUCUCCGCCAAGUUAUCUGUUGAGGGGCCUCUUAGAAUGAAAGAAGAAUAUGUUGAAGGGAUACUUGAAUCACCUAAGGUCAAUGAAGAAACUGUACCUCAGCAACUAAGAGGUGCUUUUGGACAGGCAGUGAACACUGUUCAGCAACUUCCCCUUCCUAUUAGAGAUGCAGUGUCCAGUGGAUUGAAAAUUCCUCUUGGUGGGAGCUUUCAAAGACUAUUUAUGGUCUCCUAUCUUGAUGAUGAGAUUCUGAUUAUUAGAGAUACUACUGGAAUACCUGAAGUCCUUACAAGAUUGGCUUCGGCCCCCGAGCCAGAACCAAUAACUGAAUAUGAAAGUUGAAGAGUUCGUUUUGCAUACCAGAGGAACUACUUUUCAUCGCUUCAAACCAACUUCUUGUCAGUUGUAUCGUAUCCUUCUCAUCCCCUCUCCUUUAUUCAUCGUUGUCAACAUGAUUACAGGUAUAAAACAUGAUAUCUGUUAUCAAAAGAAUGGGUAAAACCUUCCACAAUUAUAUGAGCUUGUUGACUGUAAAGUAUUUGAUUUUUGUAACGAAUAGAAAGGUUGUUACUGGGGUUGGUAACUUCACUUGUAGAAUGUUAUUACGUUGUAUGGUUGUUUGUUUCUCUGGAUAAUGACCAAAACUGAUUUUACAAAGACUUGUGUCAAUGAAUCGUUAAAUGGAAGUCAACCAUUGUGUCAA